ACAUGAAACAUUGUGGAAUGACAAUAUAAAUAUGAGCCUAGGUACAUUUUCAUCCAGUUGGUGAAUUAACCCUCGAUCGCAGUUGUUUGUUCUCCAGUCACUAAACCACAAAAAGAUGAAAAGAAUCGCACUUCUCGUUUUAGCUCUCGCAGCUAAUGUAAUUGCAGAUGAAGAAAAGGACAUACAACAAGUAGCAAUGCAUUUCGAAACCGAUGUACAAACAGUAAAAGAAUGUUUGAAUGAAGCUAACAUGACUGUGAAGCAGAUGCAUAUUGCAAAACAAAAAUGGGCGGAAAUCAUCAAAGAUGAUGAAGAAAUUGACGAAGAAACUAAAGAAUCUUUUAUGCCAUUCGGAAGUUUUACAGCAUGCAUGUUGGAGAAGAAAGAUUUGAUGCACGAUGGGAAGCUAGUUUUAGAUAACAUAUUAGAAGCGCUCGACAAGGACCAAAAUAAUUCAGAAAGAAUAAGCAAGGAGGUUGUAACAGAAUGUGUGAAUUCACUGAACGAAAAUGACAAAAUGAUUAAAAUCGGCAAAGAAUAUAGGGCAAUGGGAUUUCUGGUUUGCAUAAGUCGCAGCCUAGUGGAGAGUGACACAUAAAAAAUGAAAAAAAGAUUUGCGCGAUAGAUUUAUAACGUUAUCUAAAUCGGAAAAAUAGCGAUUCUUCCUACAGUGCAGUGAUGAUACCAUAAAAAGAAAAAUUUCAUCGAGGUUUAAGGAAAAUAAGAUCUAUAUUUUUCUUCUUUGUAAACUCACAAUAUUCUUCUAAACUCACAAUAAAUCUUGUUGCUUAUAUUAUGUUAUUAAUGUUAAAUAAAACCAAUUAAUUAAAAA